UAGUAUUUAUUAUAGGAGCGUUUUACUUUUUAACGCGCCGCUUGCCUCCGCUCUAGACAGGGUGUUCAAUUUUGGGUGGAAUUCGAAUCGAAACUGCACGUUUACAAAUGCCAUAGCAACCAUGCAGUCACAUCUUUAAUGUACCGCUGCCGUAGGGAUUAUUUUUUAUGCACGAAUGUGGAGUUAGCAAAAGGCUGUGCUGUGCUGUGCUGCAAUAGCUGGAUAGUGAACACCAUGAUGUGCGCCUGAAGAAGAGUUGCAAAGCAAUGAUGUCAUAGUUUUAAGUAGGAGCCAUGGGAGAGCAUAUGGUUCGUACCCGCUACCGAAAGGAAGUGUUGCUUUGUUAUGAGCAGGCGGCGCUGUAGCUGGCGGAAGAGGAGGUCGCCCAGCCCAGUGUCUCUUCGCCUGGAAUAGAGAAGCCUAGGAGAAGACGUGAAAACGGUGGGAAGACAAAGCUGCUAUAAUGGCCGCGAAAUCCGACGGGGUGCUAAAGAUGAAAAAGAGCGAUGUAGCAUUUACGCCUUUGCAGAAUUCGGAUCACUCGGGUUCGGUUCAAGGGCUCGCUCCGGGAUCGCAGCCCGAUUCUGGAACCGGAGAGGCGGACUUCGUUAACGGCGAGUCGCGGUGCUGUGGCUCAAAUUCGACAUGUCUCCGCCUCGGCAGGGAGCAGCAGAAAUACACGGUCUGGGACUGCCUGUGGAUCCUCGCCGCAGUGACGGUGUAUUUCGCGGAUGUGGGCACUGAUGUUUGGCUUUCUGUCGACUAUUACCUCCGCCGCGACUACUGGUGGUUCGGGCUUACGCUGUUUUUUGUGGUGCUCGGCUCGUUCUCAGUGCAGGUCUUCAGUUUCCGAUGGUUCGUGCAUGAUUUCAGCACCGAGGAGAGCUCCGGCGGCGGCGCGGCAAGCUGCUCCCAUAUGGACGGGAAGCUGCUCAGCUGCUCCGCUUCGCACGGAGACGUUGGAGCCCACCCGUCUACGCCUCAAAGACAGGCGUCCACGGCGAGCAAGAGCAACACCACAAGCAACAGCAUCAACAGCGCUACUGCAGCCCGGAAUAGUAAGACACGCUCAGCAUCCUGUUCCCUCUGUAUCUGGCUGUUGCAGUCCGUCAUUCACAUCUUACAGCUCGGACAAAUCUGGAGGUACUUCCACGCCAUCUACCUGGGCAUCAGGAGCAGACAGAGCGGAGAGAAUGACCGUUGGAGGUUUUACUGGAGGAUGGUGUACGAGUAUGCAGACGUCAGCAUGCUCCACCUACUGGCCACGUUCUUGGAGAGCGCCCCUCAGCUGGUGCUCCAGCUCUGUAUCAUCAUACAGACUCACAAGCUCCAGGCUGUGCAAGGGAUGACAGCGGCUGCUUCUCUGGUGUCACUAGCCUGGGCUCUGGCCUCCUACCAGAAGGCCUUGCGUGAUUCCCGAGAUGACAAGAAGCCCGUCAGCUACCUUGCCGUCAUCAUUCAAUUCUGCUGGCACUUCUUUACCAUCGCCGCUCGCGUGGUGACCUUCGCUCUCUUCGCCUCUGUGUUUCAGCUCUACUUCGGCAUCUUCAUUGUGCUGCACUGGUGCAUUAUGACCUUCUGGAUCGUACACUGCGAGACCGAAUUCUGCAUCACCAAGUGGGAGGAGAUUGUCUUUGACAUGGUGGUGGGCAUCAUCUACAUCUUCAGCUGGUUUAAUGUGAAAGAGGGACGCACCCGCUUCCGCCUCUUCAUCUACUACUUCAUGAUCCUGUGUGAGAACACGGCCCUGAGCGCGCUGUGGUACCUGUAUCGCUCACCACCCAGCACGGACGCCUUCGCUGUGCCCGCCCUGUGCGUCAUCUUCUCCAGCUUCUUCACCGGCAUCGUCUUCAUGCUCAUGUACUACACUUUCUUUCAUCCCAACGGGCCGCGUUUCGGCCGCUCGGCCAGCCUGGUCCAGCUCGAGGACCCCACUGCUACCUUUAUGCUGCCCCCCGAGGGUGCCACUAACUCCCUGCGCUCCAACCGCGGAGGCACGCUGGCCAGGGACGCUGACCGCGAGGCCAAGUACAGCGAGCGGGACGGCUGCGUGCCAGUCUUUCAGGUGCGGCCCACCGCGCCCUCCACACCUUCCUCCCGAGCCCCGCGCCUUGAGGAGACGGUCAUCAAAAUAGACUUGUGCAGGAACCGCUAUCCUGCCUGGGAGAGGCAUGUGCUGGACAGGAGUAUACGUAAAGCCAUCCUGGCCAUCGACUCGUCUCCGACCCCGCCGCGCCUCCAGUAUAAAGACGACACGUUGGUUCAAGAGCGUCUGGAGUACGAGACCACCUUGUAGCCUGCGCUGUGGAAACACACGAACAUGAACACAUUACCGUCCACUUGAAUAAACAGCAGGACUGUGGCAAUAACGUUUCUAGCGUACAUAGCAUCUAGCCAUGAUGUUGAUUGUCAUGGACAAACCAAUAUAGGCACAACAUAUUUGUGGACGGAUGGAAUAAUCGAUCUUUUUUAAGCCGUUCUCUCAUUGCAUUUUAUUUUUUAUUACUUCUGUCUUGUCAGGGAAUAUCUGGGUUUCUAAAAUUCAUUGCACUGGCUGAUAUAGACCACUAACCCCUCUCUCCAUUCCAAGAGUUGAUCGUCCUCGGGCCAACGUCUAUAAACUGCGAGAGGACAUCCAGAACACUUGACAGGUUGUCUCUUACUGUAACUGCAAAACAAAGGCCUUUCCCUUUGAAACCAAGCAUCCAGUGCAAUGAAACGG